GCAUUUCCAACAUAUCAGUCGCCACCUUUUGCUCUCUAACUCCGUCAUAACGGUCGCUACCGCGAACUCAACCGAACCCCUCACCCCCCGCCCUUCCAUUUCGCCUCUCUCUCUCUCUCUCUCUCUCUCUAUCACUCCGACUGCCUCUCUGUGGGAGCAUUUCUCCGUCUGAAGCCCUAACCCAGAAAUCGGAAAAAUAGCAGUCCUAUGGUCCUGAGCAUUAUUUUUCUGCAGGAGAAGAUAAUUUGAGGCAGUAGUAGGAAAUCAUCAUGGGAUCGGCUUGCUGUGUUGCCGCUAGAGAUCGAAACAUUCCCAACCGAACUGCAACUGAAGCUUUGCAAAGGAGUGUUUUAUAUUCACCAUCUUGGAGCUUCCGAUGGGAAAACCGAAGGCGUGUAGCUGGUGAAAUUGAUAAUAUAUCAUCUGAGUUCUCCCAUGGAAUUAGUAGCUAUAGCAAUAUGCAGGUGAAGAAACCCAUUAGUUCGCUGAGUUGCAAUACUUCUGAUAGGGGAGACCAGGUGGAGAACUUGGGUACACCAGCCAGUCACUCCUUCCCAGCUCAUGAAGGAGUUGAUGCCAAUUCUAUGACUCCAUUCUCAGAUAGAUGCACAGACAUAUCCGCAGAAAGCAAUUGCUCUGUAGAGGUGAAAAAUGCAGCGGAUUCGCUUGGAAAUGUUGAGUCCCUCACCCCAAAGAUUUCAUUUUCUGCCACAAUGCCUUCGUCAUUCUCAACGCCCACCGCAGACCAUUUAUCCCCUCAAAAUCAUGCAAUACCUCCUCAUUCCACACCAUCACGUCGGGUCCGCGAUUCACCUGGAAGGCAAUUGCUGAGGCAGAUCUCUGACAGUAGAAUUUUGAAAAUGAAAUCUCCUCGUACUAACUCAGUUUCUGAAGGAAGAUCAUCAUCCUUUGCACUCUCAACUUGCAGUCAUGACUUCAUGGCAGGGUCCCAGGGCAGCUUCUCUGAUUGUUGGUCCAUGCAGACCUUCUCUGAGCUCGUCUCCUCUCAGAGACAUAGGUGGUCCUUUGAAAGUGAGCAGUCCAGUGAUAGGCUUUCAUGUUCACCUUCCUCCGACUUGCGGACCUGUGAGGUUUGCAGAAAGCUCUUGAAGGAGAAAAUAGAUCGGAGCGAUUGUUACUCGAUAGUUGCUGUUCUAGUCUGUGGACAUUUCUUCCACGCUGAGUGCUUGGACCGAAUGACUAAGGAAGCAGAUAAGUAUGACCCGGUUUGCCCCAUCUGUACAUUUGGAGAAAAGCGAGCUUUAAAGAUGUCAAAGAAAGCUUCAAAAGCUGAGGCAAGGAGGCUCAAGACGCUGAAAAAUCGUGUCGUGGAUAGCUGUUUCAGCGGAGAGUUAGAUUUUUCCGAUCACCAUGAAGCGAAAGUUCCUAAGUUAGGAGCGAGUUCCAGUUCGAGGAAGCCGUUUUUAACUCGACACUUCUCGCUCGGGUCAAAGUGGGGCAGGUCCUUGUCGGAAAAUGACACUAACAGAAAGAAGAGUUUCUGGUCCAGAUAUCGCAAGAAUUAAGGAGUAUUCACAGUGAACGAGCACAAAGGAGGCUGGAUGGGCAUCCAACUUGGAGCCCCGAUGUAGCGGCUUCACCUGUAUCACCUUGGGUUGCAGUAACUCCAACUACACCCCGUCAUCCUAACUCAGGCUGAGGGUAGUUUUGGCCUUUCUCUGGUUGCAUGUUUUCCGUAACUUGUAGUGCGGCUAUUGUAAUAAAACAGUCAUUCACUAAUCUGCCUACUCUACUGGGAGUUCUUAUUCUCUUCCGGCCAGUAGGACUCCACUUGGUUCGGGCAGCCUCCUAUGGUCCGUCCCUAAUGAUCUAAUGUAAUUAGUUAGCUGAAUAUCACAUUGAGCUUUUGGAGAGAGAG